AGCUUUGUUUUAUAAAGUGGUUUUCACUGGGACUGUGAAAUAGUAUAUUAUAUUUCAGAGCGAUUAGCUCAGAAGUCCCUGUUGAGACCUUACAUUAAUACUUUAUGACGUGUUGUACCAGUUAUAWGUAUUGAUUCAGCGGUGACAGUACUGUGAGAAGUGCACGCUGAACACACAAUACCCRGCUAAGUAAUUCACACAAGAACGACAUUGACACUAUGAGUCAACUUGACUCGAUAAGUAUUUAGACAACAAGCGAUUAAAAUACUUGAUUAUUCUGACUCGAUGACUCAAGAUAGCAUCAUGGUUGGACUGGUCUUGUUUCGUGCUCUAACACUCGUUGUUCUGGGAUGUUUCAGUUCAACCCUCGGAUCGGAUGACAUUGGAAGGAUUUGCCAAGAUUUGUGGAAUGCCGAUACCAACAGCCUUAUCCAUGGAAUCGAUUUCGAUAUCAAUAUACAGUCGACUGCAUCGUACGCGAACAAGAACGACGUGUCGAAUGGCAAACUCUUUACUCGCGUUGAUGAAUCAAGACUGAACACUCGAACAUGGAGAGCAUUUAAAGUGAUGAUGAUGAUAAUGAUGCUAAGCCAUUUGUAUUCAUUUCAGUCCUCUUUUAAAUUCGAACUUCAAAAGAUGUGGCUGUACUUCUAUCGUCGCAAAGCAUAUCGGGACUCUUCGGGGUUCGAGCAUGUGUUUCUCGGAGAAUUACAGACGAAAUCUGAUGGUGUCACUCAAGUGAGCGGUUUCCAUAACUGGCUGCAGUUUUACUUGGAAGAGAAAAAAAACAACUUGGCGAACUAUUAUGGGUACUAUAACGCAAAGCUUUAUAGCGAGCCGACUUCGAUAAAACUUCAGAUGUCCUGGCAUAAAAAACUUAAACCAAUCACAGGAUUCUUCCUCGGUACCAGUCCCGAGUUUGAGCUGGCUCUGUACACAGCCUGCUUUAAGCUAAAACCAGACAAGCGCUGUCAAUGUUCCAUUGGUGGACAAACUAUCAUCAUACAGACUUAUGCCUUGGGGAACUACGUAGGAACAGCUUAUCCUCUUGUGUAGAUUACCCUCCCCUCCCUUAUUACAUUAUUUGUAGACAGACAACUUAGAAGAAUGAAAAAUAAAGCAAAUGAACGAUAGUAA